CAUAUAUCAGGAAGCUGCAUGGAAGGAAAAUUGGAUGAUGUGAUAAGGUAAUGCGGUGGAAGAUGUUAUAAUGAGUGGAACAGAGAAAGCCUGUACCGGUACUGCUGAUUCAGUUGUCCAUGGUGAGCCUGGGGAAGGUGGUGGACUGGUUGCAGAUGGAGAGGCUACUGAUGACACACCUGCAUACCUGAGUGAGAAUCAGCGGGAUGACCAGGAUGUUGUGGAACCUUUUAGUGAGGAGGUUACUGGUGAUAAGAAUGAAACUGGUAAUGUCUCAAACAAUGCCAUUAGUGAAGCCUCCCUUGACCAGUGUGUGAAAGAGAUUGAUCCAGAGUGCUCCACGUUUUCUGAUAGUGAAAAUAUACAUGCAGAAGCCAAACAUGUGGAAGAGGUGUCAAGUCCAAGUAAUAACAAGCAUUUAGAUGAACAGAAUUGCACACAUGGAAGUGACACAUCUGUAAAGAAUAGCUGUGAAAGUGAUGAAGGUGUAAAAGAAGGAGAAGUAAUGUUUGAAGAGGAGGAGAGUGCAUUGGUAAGAAGGCCCGAAACAGAAAGUGUGUGUCAGACCACUGUUGAGGAUGACCCAUCCCAGUUACAGACAGAAAUUCAGCAGGACAGUAGUAAUGGGAGCUCUUCAGACAAAUCUAGUGGCAAAGAAGAUACAUGUAAUGAAGUAAAAACUAUCAACUCUGAACAGAGCUCAAGUGUUAGUAAUGUUGACUCUGUGUCUUCAGUUUGUCAUAAUGAAGAGGACAGUGGUUACUGUGGUAAAGAGCAAAUGAAAUGUGAAGGUGAUGACCAUCAGAGUGGAGAGGGGGAAGGGAACAGUGAGGGAUCAUCAGGUGCUCAGUCAAAUAAUGAAUGCAUUGUUGGGAGCCCUGAUGUGCCUUUGCCUGAAGAUAGUUGUGAAGAAGGUUUAGUUGCGUGUAUUAACAAAACACAGAUUGAUGAUACAAGCCCUGAAUCUACAGGUGAAAUGGAUAUUAAUAAAUCCACACUAUUGGAAACAGAAAUUAAACCAGGUAAUAGGCAAAGUGAAACUACAACUGAAAAGUCCUAUGAUACCAAGCCAGUAACUCCAGCUAAAACAAGUAGAGACAAAGAUGAACUGUCCCCAUCAGAGAGAGUGACAAAGAUAUCAAAAGAACUUGGCAACAGUGAGGAAGAAACCAGAAGUGAUACCCCAACAAAAGAAAGCAGAUUGGAUGUGAAAACCAGCAGUGGUCCAGCAAAGGUAUCCCAGAUCUCAUCACCUAAGUCACCAGCAGGAAGAGAAACAAGAGGGCCAACAAAGCAAAGGUAUUCUGAGCAAAGACAGAGGAAAAAUAUGAGCCGUGCUUUAGAAAAAUCUGAUAAGAAGGACAGCAAGGGAAAAGAUUUACCUCUAAGAAAAGAACAAUCAAGGGUAUUGGACUUCCUAGGUUGUGCCAUUUCUGCCCCCUUACUAGUAGCGAAGCCCAGUGGCCCUACUGCUGCUGAAUUAGAGGCUAAAUGGCAGAAAGAAGAAGAGGAUAAGAAAGCCCAAGAGGAAGAGAAACGAAAAGAGGAAGAGAGACAGAGGGAGGAGAAGCUAAAAGAAGAGGAAAGGCAAAGGGCCAAGGAGGAAGAAAGGCUGAAAGCAGAAGAAGAACAGCGGAAAAUAGAUGAAGAAUUGAAAUUACUGGAGGAUUACAUCAGUGAUGCGAAGGAAAAAAUUGAAAGUAAAGCUGAACUUCGAGACAAAAAUAUAGCCGAAGCUGAAAAUAGACCCGAUGAAUCAUUCUUCAGUAAGCUGGACUCAAAUUUAAAGAAAAACACAGCAUUCGUGAAAAAAUUGAAAAACCUUACUGAUUCUCAAAAAGAUUCCCUGAUCAAAGACUUCUCCAGUUUGAAUCUCAGCAAGUAUAUCGGCGAAUGUGCUGCAGGUAUUGCUGAAGCCAAACUGAAGAUGUCUGAUGUUAACUGUGGCGUGGCUUUGUCAAGCCUUCUACAUCAGAGAUACGCAGAUUUCUCUUCUAAUCUCCUGGAGAACUGGCAGAAAUUUCUACUAAACAAGAAAGAUGAAAAGAUACCUAAUCCUAGUAAAUAUCGUGUAGACCUCAGAUUUUUUGCUGAGUUGUUGUCAGUUCGUGUCUUCACCCAGAAGGAAGGAUUGCCUAUCUUGGCCAACCAAUUGUCAAUUUUGGUGAACAAUGACAAAGAAGAGCACAACAACUUAUCAACAAUCUCCAGUUUCUGCAAACACUGUGGGGAUGAUUAUGCCGGUUUGAUACCAAGGAGAAUUCGUGAGCUGGCAGAAAGUCAUAACAGGGAAGUGCCAAGGAGUCAGGUUUUGCCCCCAGAACGCCAAAAAGCCUGUCGCAACCUCCUGAAAGAUUAUUAUCAGUCUUUAUGUAAGCACCUGACCAAAGACCAUAAAGAUCUCAAGUCCUUAGAGAGACAGAACCUCCGGACCUUACAGACAAAGGGUGAGUUGAGUGGAGAGAAGAAAGAUAUGUAUGAGGCAUCUUUAACUGCUUAUCAAAAACUCCAUGCGAACACAGCCACAUUGUCUGAUCUCUUGGAUGAACCCAUGCCAGACUUACCAGAGGAAGAUUUCAAACAGGAUCCAGAAUCUGCAGCUUUUGAUGUGUUUAACCCUAUGAGAAAUGCUGAGUAUCAGUAUGAGGGUGACACAAACCUGUUUGAGGAUGAGGAAACCAGAUCAUUCUAUGAAAAUUUGUCUGAUCUCAAAGCUUUCAUCCCUGGGAUACUGUACAAAGAGAGUGAGCAGGCUACUACCAAAGAUGCUAUCAAAGAUGUGGACACUGGAAUGGAAGAGAGCCUCGCUGUGGAGGAUGUGGAGAAGGAGAUGGAGACAGAGAAAAGCCUGGCUGAGAUAGAGCAGCAAGCCCUGGAGAAGGAAGAGCAAGAGAACCCUGGGUCUGUCAUGGCAGUGGAUGAUGAGGACCUGCCUCCACACAUGAGUGUUCCAGAUGUACAACCAUAUAAGAAACGCAGAAAUGAUGAUGGAGAAACAGUCAGUCUAAUGAAGAGUCAGUUUGAAGCUUACCUUCAGUCACUCCCUAACUGUGUUAACAGAGAGCUCAUUGACAAGGCAGCAGUUGAAUUCUGUAUGAAUUUCAACACCAAGUCCAAUCGAAAAAAACUAGUCAAAGCCCUUUUCACUGUCCAUAGGACAAGAUAUGAUUUGUUACCAUUUUAUUCUCGCUAUGUCGCAACUUUAUACCCAUGUAUGCCAGAUGUCGCAAAUGACCUUGUUCAUCUCAUAAAAGGAGAUUUCAAGUGGCAUGUUAGGAAAAAGGACCAGAUAAAUAUUGAGUCAAAGCUAAAGACAGUCCGAUUUAUGGGGGAAAUGGUGAAAUUUAACAUGUUCCCCAAGUCAGAGUCAUUGCACUGUUUGAAGAUGCUGAUGUUGGAGUUCUCUCACCACAACAUUGAGAUGGCUUGUUCCCUGUUGGAAACAUGUGGUCGUUACUUGUAUAGAUCUCCAGAGUCUCAUCACCGUACAAAAGUCUACCUGGAUGUAAUGAUGCGGAAGAAGGCUGCACUACAUUUAGAUGGGAGGUAUAUCACCAUGAUUGAGAAUGCAUAUUACUACAGUAACCCUCCAGAUACCCCUCAGCUGGUGCGCAAAGAGAGACCUCCUUUACAUGAGUACAUGCGCAAACUACUCUAUAAGGAACUGUCUAAAACCACUACAGAAAAGGUUCUGAGGCAGAUGAGGAAAUUGGAUUGGGACGAUCCACAGGUUGCCUUUUAUGCAACCAAGUGUCUGACAGCUGUUUGGAAUGUUCGUUACAACUCUGUCCACUGUGUGGCUAAUCUGCUUGCUGGACUAGCCCCAUACCGGGAGAUUGUAGCCAUACAAGUUGUUGAUGGUGUACUUGAGGACAUCAGAAUAGGAAUGGAGGUUAAUCAUCCAAAGUAUAACCAACGCAGAGUUAGUGCUGUGAAAUACCUUGGGGAAUUAUAUAAUUACAGAAUGGUUGAAUCUGUGGUCAUCUUCAAAACACUGUACUCAUUUAUCAGUUUUGGUGUUUCACUGGAUGAGUCAGCACCAACACAUCUGGACCCUCCGGAACACCUCUUUAGGCUGAGAUUGACCUGUGUAUUACUUGACACUUGUGGACAGUAUUUUGACAAAGGUUCCAGCAAGAAGAAGCUGGACUACUUCCUGGUUUAUUUUCAGAGAUACUAUUGGUUUAAGAGGAACUGUCAGCUGUGGUCAGAAAGCCGUCCCUUUCCUAUUGAUAUCAUGAACAUGGUGCAGGACACAUUUGAAACAAUCCGCCCAAAACUGAAGAUGCAUGAGUCAUAUGAAGCUGCCAGCAAAGCUGCUGAGGAACUUGGAAAUGAGUUCAAGACUAAGCUUGCCAAAGUGUUGCCUCAGCCUGAGGUGAAGGAUGGUGGGGAUACUGGUAACUUUGAUGACCCAGCGCUCACAACUAUACAGGAGUCUGAAGAAAAUGAUGAGUUAAGCCAAAACCUGUCUCAAACUCCCCUAACUGAUGAUGGUCCAAGUACAGCAGACAGUCAGACAAGUGCUGAUGAAGGGCACACAGGCAGCCAAACAAAUGAGGGUGAUCGAAGACGCAGUACACUUGAAGAGGAAGAAGACAUUUUAGAGUCAGCAGGUGAAGAUGAAACCGAUGACCAGGUGACGGUUUUGUCUGGAGGGCCAAAGUAUGUGAACUGUUCAGAAGACAAUGACUUUAUGGCUGCUUUUGACAAGAUGAUGGUUGACAACAUUCAGGCUCGUAACAGUGAAUCUUUGAAAGUACCUCAGCUUGACAUUGCGGUACCCAUGCACUUGAGAGGACAGAAAAAGACCUACUAUCCACAGGACCAGGGCUCGAUAAAUUUUGUUCUCAUGACAAGAAAGGGAAACAAGCAGCAGUUCUCAAAUUUGAAUGUGCCCAUAUCCGAGGAAUUUGCUGCCAAGUUUAAGGAGAGAGAAAGGGCAGAAAAGGCUGAAAAGGAACGCAUGAAGCAGGUUGUUCUAGGAAUUCAUGAGAGACAGGAAGAGGAGGACUAUCAAGAAAUGAUAGCUUCCCUAAAUAGGCCAGUGCCAGCCAACACUAACAGAGAACGCCGUGUGCGUUAUCAACACCCAAAGGGGGCACCAGACGCAGACCUCAUCUUUGGCUCCAAGUAAGACAAAUUGUCUUGUGAAGCGUUGAGUUGUUUAAACUACCCCUAUGGUAAUGUUAAAGCUCUGCCCCAACACAGAGGACUGUCACGCAACCGAUUGACCUUGCUAUGGCCAUAAAGUGAAAAGUCCUUGGUGCAUGUUACCGUCACUGGAGAUCCCAAGAUCCACUCAGUGAGAGGAGGCAAUGGAUGGGAAGAUGUUGCGACAGUUCACUCCCUCCUGUUGGUGCCACCAACUUCUGUUUCUAAACAGAAGAGCAACUUUGGGUGAUUUUUAUACACCUGGCAAGAACAAGCAGACUAGGAACAGGUUAUUGAGGAGUUGCUAAAUUUUGGUUCAGGUUUAAAGCUCACUGAAGUUUUAUUCGGUACAAGUGUCGUCAUGACAGGGACGAGUACCCAUCCAUAUGUAUCAGAUUGAAAACCAAGUGGAGUUUGCUGUGUGGCUUUUUAAACCUCGUUUUGACCAGAUGUAUGCUCUCAAGUCACAAAGUCAAUUUUAUUCAGGUCCUUUCUGUAUCAGUGCUCUGAAACAUUUUUAUCUGUUCAUAGGCAAGAAAGGAGAUUUUAUUCAGCUUUUAUUUCAGUUUAUUAAAAAGAUGACCAUUCACUGAACUCCUUACUCAUCCCCAAAUGGGAAGAAAUUAUAAAGAUCUAAUUUUGUGAUAUACUGUUUAUUCAGUGAUACAUGUUAAUUGCUGCUACAGGUUGAUAUGUGCGAGAAUGAAUUGAGAAAAUUGGGCUUUAUUCCUGUUUAAAUGAAUCCAUUAUUUUGUAGAAAUGACCUGCCCUAAAUCCUCAACAAGUUUAACUCGUGAAGUAUAGCUUUUGAUGCUGUUCGAAAACAGAAUUUAUUAGAUUUUGUAGAGUAAAAAGUGGUGUUUAGGUUGUGGUAAAUAUGGGCUUUACAGAAAUUAUAGAAUAAGCUGUCCAGAUAAGGUGAUAUGCCUCUACGAGUCCAAAACAUGCAAUAUGGAUGCGGUUGAAUUUGUCGAGGAUUUAGCGUAUUUUUAAGGUGUUCCAUCUUGAUGGCUUGUUGCAGUGUACUUCAACUGUCUGUUGUAGUCUCUGGUACGUCUUUUAUUGUGUGACACAGUGACAGGAGGGUCAGGUACCUGUUUUUUUUUUUUGUUUUUUUUUUAGAUAUUAUAAGUUUUUAUUUCCAGUAAAGGACUCCUGGAACUCAUUUUACAAAGUUGUGGCAACCCAUAUCUCUUUACUAUUCAUUCAGGCAGCUUCCUAAAAGCAGUGUGUUUUUAAGAUGGUAUGGAGCAUUAAACAGUGAUUCCUUGAUUGGAUGAAUCAGCACACAUUAUAUCGUGCUAUUCUUGUUCCUGAACUUUUGGGGAGGAGAUCAACAGCUCGAGCACAAGUGGACUCUUGAUGCUCAGUCUUGUACGUGAAGCACAAGUUUUUAGCUGUUUGGGGGAUGUGGUGUUUGAAAGGUUCAGAAAUUGUUCCACAAGAGAUGGUUAUGCUCAAUUUUAGUGUUAGGUGUUAGGUUUGGGGUACUCGUAUCAUUUUAAACAGAGUUAAUAAAGGUUGUUUUUGCAUAAAUACAUGCUUUGUAAGCCAAUAAUUAAAUUAUAAACAUAAGUAAUUCUAAGUGAGCUAACCACUAUGUAGCCACAUGUAAAAGGCAGUCAUUUUAUUUGAAGAAUAAAAAAAGGAUGUACUUGUACUAAUGACACUCGGGUUUCAUAAUUAUUGAAUAGAUACCGAAUCUUUCAAAAAAAAAAAAAGAAAAAAAACCCUUUCAACUCCAUUUUGGAGAGUAAUACUUCCCUCUUUUAAAUAGAAAGAACAGUACCUGUAUGAUUUCCAUGAGUAUUUAAUACUGGUUUGGUUAGCUUGGCUUCAGUGUAAUUGGCCAGCGUUUCUGUUACACUGUAUUUGGUGCUAUGUUUAUUGCUCCAGUUUAGUUCAGCAGGACUAGCUGAAAGCUACAGAUAUAGAAGAUAUUGUUCAAGUUCAGUCUAUAACAGGUGUACGAAUGAGCCUAGUGCUGCAGCACGUUCAGCCUUGAGGGCCAUGCUUUCUUAUGAUGACCUGUGUUCUUUUUGCCACUGUUUUAUCAGCCUGGAAUAAACCUCCAGAAUUUUGUUCUGAAAA